UCUGAAUAUACCAGCACUAUUUUUAGAAGGAUCGCUAGAUUUAAGUGACUUUAUUAACCUAGAGAUUUUGAAUUGUGAUGAAAACCGGAUAACAAAUUUCAAUACAAGUAAAUGCUAUAAAUUAGCAGUAAAAGAAAUAACUGAUCAGUUAUCAACCUUUCUUUUUCAUCCUGACUUUACUGCAAAGUUGCAAGCUGAGUGA